AUGAAAAAUAUUUUAAUAUUUCUCAUACAUUUCUCCAUCAUUUCAAAUUUAAAAAAAUGCAUUUUGAUUUCUCAAUAUUUAUCGCAUACAAGACCCUCAAAUGUCACAUGUUUCGUCGCAUAUUAUAAUUUGUACAAUAACACAACUCAAAGUGGCUUUUUGGAAAAUAAAGCUAAAAAAAUUAAACUAAAUGAUUUUAAUUCUUAUAAAAAACAAACUAUUCACUCAAAAGAUCGAGGAAUCCUGGUAGAAUCCCAAAAACCUCCAGUAAAUUUGGUUGAUUCAGGCGCUAAACCCAAGGAACAACCAGUAGGCACAGCAAACGCAGUAUUAAAAUCCAUAGUUGAUAAGGGGUCAAUAAAAAGCAGCCCUAUAAGACAUGAAAUAUUGGAUAAGGAGUCUUUGUUAGAUGAGUUGAUAGUCUAUAAUGAUAACGUGAAGGAUCUUUAUGAGUUUUCGGGAGAUAAGAACCUGAAUUUCAUAUCAGAUGAUUAUUCAGUGUUUAGAAAGACAGUAGAUAGGAAGGAACAAGUGAUAAGCCCAUCAGAUAAGCUUUUGAAAAGAAGAUCUAAAGACACUAUCUACACUCGACUGCAGAACUACGUUAAGUCCUCGGAAAUUUACCUAGCCAAGCACGGCCUGUUGGAGGAGAUUAAGAACUUUGUUCACCUGUUACACUGGAACGUCUGGCAUUCACAAUCACGAGAUGGAAUAAGAGAGUGUAACUGGACGUCAGACCAGUUCAUAAGAUUCGGAAAAUUAAUCGAGAAAAUAGAUCAAAUCGUGAAGGAACAGUUCAACUCUCUAGUGGAAACUAUUACAAACACAGAUGAUGAUAUACUGUCAGAACUAUUUGACGAAAGGUCAAAACUAUUAUUUUCAACGCACUAUGUGUACAAUAAGCUAAAGGAUAAUGUAGAACUCGGUGAGUUUGAUAUCUAUAGAUCACGAAUGACUCAUUUCCAUUUUUUAAAAAAUAAACUUUUCUCUACCAUAAAUAAGAUAAUAGAGCCGAUUCUAUCAGAAUAUAUAGAAUAUAGACUCUUAAAGACAUUAAAGCAGAGAAUUUUACGACUAAAAAUUUCGUAUGCCAAGUUUAAAAGUAGAGUCGUCCGAGCCUUAAGUAGGGUAAAAUCAGUAAUUAAACUUUUAAAACUUAAAGACUCUAGUGAUAAUACACUAAAUAAUGAAUUGGAACGAAGUCAAGAUAAUGUAAAGGAGGAAAAACAAGAAAAUGUAGAUGAAAUAAUUAAAUAUGAGAAGAUAGAUUUAAGGUGUUUGUUGAAACAAUUGAACCAUUCCCAUAUUUCACCCCAAAGCUUAAAGAACGUACACCAAAUCAGUAGAAAAGAUCUAUAUAAAUUUAACGAAAAUGGAAAUUGGAUUAUCCACUUCGUCGGAUCUGGAUCUAGACAGCCAACAACCACGAGAUUGACUUCGACAAUGGCAUUUCAAAGGAUUUAUGAUCCAUACCAGUCAAAUGAUAAUAAUAGAACAAUGAAUGGUACAGAUCAAAACCUUAAAACGAGAAUAACUAAUAGAAGAAAUUCAUUCGGUAGUAAGAUAUGGUUGUUCGAUUGUGGAGAAGGUACUAAAAAUGGACUUGAAAACAUAGGACUAGACCCAUUGAACGUAGAUCGUAUAUUCCUAACACAUUUACACGGCGAUCACUGUUAUGGUGUGUUCUCAUUUUUGUACCUAAGGGAACGUCAAAAUCCGUUGGAAAUCUACGGCCCACCAGGUUCCAAGAAACUGAUAAACUCAAUACACCAAAAUACAUCAGCGAUGUCAAAUAAUCAUAACCUUUUCGUGGUACAUGAACUCAUUCCAACACAACCCCCUAUCCAAUCGACGAAUACGAUUAAUAUCACUGAUAAUAUUGUUAACACUGGUACUGGUGAUAGCGUUGGAGCAGUAGGAGAUAUAUACAUAAAUAAGGAUGGAUAUUAUAAAGUCUAUGAAGACAAUGAUAUUGAGGUUUUGGCAGCAGAGCUGGAACAUACUAUGCCAACAGUCGGUUACGUUAUACAACAAAAAGAAAAGUCAUUCAAAAGAAAUAAUAUAAUUCAACCACCAAGUGAUUCUGAGAUAAGUUUGUUGACACAAAGAAAUCAAAAGGUAAAGAAAAUUGCAAUAUGCCAAGAUACCUCAGAGAGUAGUAAGAUGAAGAAAAUAGCAAGUGAUGCAGACUUGUUAAUACACGAAGCAACACUAAGUUCCUCAACGUCACUAGUCAGUGGAAUCUUACUUGACCUUUUUAAGGAUAAUUAUGGGUUAAUAUUACCGCAAGGCUCUAUUCAUGGGCUUUGUAAGUUCCUGUCAAACAUUGAAACCAAACUGUGUUGUUUUAACUUUACACUUUCAGCAGUGUCAUCAUUCGUUAAGUGUGAACGGUAUUAUCUGCUCCAUAAGCUUAAUGUUUUCAAGAAUUUCAUCUCUAACUUGAAUCCGUUUAGGGUUCCAAACAUUACUGCCAAUUCCAACCAUAAUAGUAAUACAGGUGAUACCUCAGUUUCAACGGGGAAUAGAGUAAAUAAAACCAAGAGAGAGAUAGACAAAGAGUUGAAAGAUAAAUGGUUGAACAAUGUGUUUGUGUUUAUGGAUAGACUUAACGCGUUAAAUGAGCUUAGUAACUAUGAGAACUCUGUGAAGAGACUCCAGAGUAGGUGUAGACUUAUGGAAAAACUAUCCAAGGUAAUGCCCUCACUGGACUUGUUCAAAGUAAUAGAAACAUCCUCGAAGAAAAUCCUGUUCUCAGAUAUAAUACCGGACUUUAAUUCAAUUAACAGAGCCUAUGAAAAGUUCGACAUCACUAACCUCUAUAAUGAAAAGUAUACAGUGAACGUUCUCAAGUAUUUAAACACCAUUUCAAAUGAUAUAUUCAAUUAUUGGAAUGACAUUUUACAGCUUAACAUACCCUUCGACGUUUCUCAGAUAUAUAACAUUUCACUAGGUUAUUUUAAUUGGACUGCUCUCCAUAACAGUAUAAUUGCCAGCUUCGGACACUCAACACCCGAUAUGGCAGGUCGAUUCGCUGCCGAAAUUAAGGCCAAAAGAUUAAUUCUAACACAUUUCUCCAACAAAUAUCCUGGCGACGAUAAGUUACAAAACCUUUUAACAAUGAUAAGGAUAGAAAACGAAGCUAGGUAA